GACAGGUUUGGGGAGGAUUAUUGAGGACUGAGACAGCAGAGAUGUGGUGGGUCCUGUGGGUGCUCGCCGCCUUGCUGGCUCUAUUCUGCUGCCUGGAUGUGUGGUACUUCCUGCGCGUCCCACUGGUGAUUAUCCAGGCCUGGUUCCAGCCUCCGGUUUGGGAUAUCACUGCAGAGCAGACCCUGACAGGCCGGGUCACCCUUCAUGACAUCGACAUGUGCCACAUGAACAAUGCUCGGUAUCUCAGGGAGUGUGACUUUGCCCGCUUCUCUCUCUACACUCGUAAUGGGGUUUUCAAGGCUGCGCGAGCCCUCGGAGCUUCCAUGGUAGUUGGAGCUACCACCAUCCGCUACCGCAGAGCUUUGUGCAUUGGUGAAGGCUACGAGCUCCGGAGUCGGAUUGUCACUUGGGAUGAUAAAGCCUUUUACCUGGAGCAGAGAUUUGUUUCAACUAAAGAUGGGCUGGUGUGUGCUGUUAUGUACUGCAAGCAGAGCGUCGUACGAGGCAGCCCGGAUAAGAUCAUGCAGCACCUGUGCAAGAGGAAGGUCGAGUGUCCUGAGUUUCCAGAGGACCUUCAGCACUGGGUCAACUUCAUCUCAGCCAGCAGCCAGGCUCUCAGGGCUGAAAGUGGACUGGAGGAGAAGAACAAAUAAGACUGGAUGUUAGUUUCUCAAGGGAGUAAACAUAAGCACAUGUAAAUUUAAAGUUUGGCCUUUUGCAAGCCAACUAAUUUACCAGUCCAUCUACGAACUCCUGUGAGCGAAAUGUGUCUUCUGAAGAAAUGAUGUUCUUCUGUUCUGUUGGUGAGAAUAGCUUUUUGGAAAACAUGCUUAUGUUCUUUGCCUUUGAGAAUAAGGUGACAAAUGAUGCAGUUGAAAUUUGUAAUAUGUCAUGUUUAGAGCAAAACUUGAGCCUCAACUUGUUGGCAAAAUCAUCAGUGCUUAAAAGUAUAUCUGAGUAUGAAUUUGUUUAUGAUGUCUUUAAAUUUGACACUACUGUACACAUAGAACAAGCCUAGCAAGCUAACUGGAAGAAGAUCAGUAAGAUACAGUAAGCAGUCACUGUGCUUAUACACAUGUUGCUUGACAUAGACAUUUUGUUCUUGUAUAGAUUGAAGGUACAAGCUAAUGCUCACUGUAAAUUUGCAUUAAUGUCCCCUUAGAUUUAGUUUUUAUUAUGUGAGCUAAACAAGGGUUGAAUUCUACCUCACACAGACAUGACAUACUUCAAAUGUGUAUUUUUGUUUGUUUUUUUAUCCACCACACUCAUGAAUGAAUAAGUCUGUUUCCCAAAAUGCAAACUUUUUCUUAACACACUUGUGCCUGCACUUACCAAGUUGAUAACCAACUAGCUGAAAACAGGGAUUUAUAAGGGCAUGCUGAUUAUAACUAAAAUGAUGAUUUAAAAAGCAAAAAACAAAACAGUUAACACUGUUAGCAAUAAAAAGUUGUCUCAAAGCCUCUUA